UGAUUGUGCUGCUUUCAAAGUUUAAUUUCUAAACAUAUUUGUCUCAUGAUGAUCUGACUUGUUUUGAAUAAAAGUGUGGAUAUGAAAUGUUGUGCUUUGGGAUUAUUGGCAGUGUCUGGCUUUUUGAUAACGCUUACUAAAAUUGUUGAGUUUUACCAACUCACUUGCUUUUCUUUUAUGCUUUUAGAUUUCUACCUGGACAAGGACUGGUACUAUACCCACAGAUAGGAGACAAAUUGGAUAUUAUUUGCCCCAAAGUGGACUCUAAAACUGUUGGCCAGUAUGAAUAUUAUAAAGUUUAUAUGGUCGAUAAAGACCAAGCAGACAGAUGCACUAUUAAGAAGGAAAAUACACCCUUGCUCAACUGUGCCAGACCAGACCAAGACGUGAAAUUUACCAUCAAGUUCCAAGAAUUCAGCCCGAACCUAUGGGGUCUAGAAUUUCAGAAGAACAAAGAUUACUACAUUAUAUCUACAUCAAAUGGGUCUUUGGAGGGCCUGGAUAACCAGGAGGGAGGGGUGUGCCAGACAAGAGCCAUGAAGAUCCUCAUGAAAGUUGGACAAGAUGCGAGUUCUGCUGGAUCAACCAGGAAUAAUGAUCCAACAAGACGUCCAGAACUGGAAGCUGGUACAAAUGGAAGAAGUUCCACAACAAGUCCCUUUGUAAAACCAAAUCCAGGUUCCAGCACAGACGGCAACAGCGCCGGGCAUUCGGGGAACAAUCUCCUCGGUUCCGAAGUGGCCUUAUUCGCAGGGAUCGCGUCAGGAUGCAUCAUCUUCAUCGUCAUCAUCAUCACGCUGGUGGUACUUCUGCUCAAGUACCGCCGCCGGCACCGCAAGCACUCGCCGCAGCACACGACCACGCUGUCGCUCAGCACGCUGGCCACGCCCAAGCGCAGCGGCAACAACAAUGGCUCGGAGCCCAGUGACAUUAUCAUCCCGCUAAGGACUGCGGACAGCGUGUUCUGCCCGCACUACGAGAAGGUCAGCGGGGACUACGGGCACCCGGUGUACAUCGUGCAGGAGAUGCCCCCGCAGAGCCCCGCCAACAUUUACUACAAGGUCUGAGCCCGCGCGGGCACCUCGCCUCCCCUCGGCGGCCGCCUUGUCGCCUUGUCGCGCCCGGGACUGGCUGAGCCCGGCAGCGGAUGCGGAGCCCGCCUCUUGGAAGGGCCCGGGGCUGGACGGCUUUCUAGUCUGUAGCAUUUCGGCCUUGGUGACCACAGACCUCCCCGGGAGCCGAAGACUGCUAGGAGAUCCCAUUGGGACUGCUGCGCGCCCCGCGCGGCCUCCAAGCCAUGCGCUGCGUCACUCAGGCCUUCGCGGAAGCCCGGGGAGGACACGAUGGUGCGGGACGAAGCCCCGUGGCGCAGGGAGGCUGCACGGCCAAGGCCGGCCUCCGCCUCGGUGUGCCUCCGCUCGCAGGCACUGAACUUGUCACUCGGACCUCGGGCUAAGUAAGGUUUUCAAAGAUCUCUAGCGUUUAGUCCUCACUGUCUCACUCCUUCUGUUACCCAGGGCUCUGCAGCACCUCACCUGCGACCCCUCACCUCCACAUUGUGCAUCACCACGGGACACCGCAGAGUCCCGCCUCCGCCCUUUGCACCCAGAGCUCAGCCUCGCUGGUCAUCAUUCCCAGAACCAGAACCAGGCCUGCUGGCUGCCCAGAAAGGCCAGGCAUCAGCCACUAAACUAAGCGUGGUGGAGGGGGCGGGAAGGGCUGGCUACCAUACAGGGCAAGGCUGCUGCCUGUGGAACAAGUGGGCAAGGGAGAAGGGAACAUUAGGCAGCACAGCACUUGGGUUUGGCGGAGACUGCAGAGGCCUCAGGAGCCACCAGGCGCAGUCCAUGCGGUGUGUGGCGGGGUUACUUUACCAGGAAGCCGUGCAGGGAAGCACCCCUCUCGUGCACAGGAACAAGGGGGGCCUCGAGUGGAGGGAGAAAGCAGGCCGCCGAUGUGCUCGGGCAGGACUGUCGUGGUACUGGCAAUAAGACGUACAGCUCGGGAGCUGUAGGAGAGUCGGUCUGCUUUGGGUGAUGUUUGAAGCAGACUCAGCUGCUAUACUUAUCACAUUUUAUUAAACGCAGGGAAAGCAUUUAGGAGAACAGCAGAGCCAAAUCUGACCUAGAAGUUGAAAAGCCAACGGUCAUACAGGCUGUAAUUCCAUCAGCACUGGCGUUAUUAAAGAGCUCUCAUAUUUAAAAGGUAGGUCAGAUUCCCCAGCUCCCCUAAAUGCCCCUGUCCCCGCCCCCUCCCCAUUGAGCCUUACGACACUUUGGUUUAUGGCGGUGCUGUCUGGGCUGCGAGGCUGCUGGGAGGUACUGACCAGCGCGGCCCGGUGCUCGGUGUCAAAGUGAAGCACAUUUGGCAAACCUCUUAGAGUCCUUAAGACGGAAGUAAAUUAUGAUGUCGAGGGGGAGAAGGAAGCUAGGGCGUAUUUAUAAUAGGUAUAUAGAACACAAGGGAUAUAAAAUGAAAGAUUUUUUUUUACUAAUAUAUAUUCUAAGAUUGCACACAGUACACACCAGAAGAUGUGAAAUUUACUUGUAGCAAUUAAACGUUCCCAGUGCUCAGUGCUUUAAAAAAUAAAAAUCAACAAAUUGGACAGCUACUUCUGGGAAAAACAUCAUCAUUCCAAAAAAUAACAAUAAUCAGAGCAAAUUUAAAAAUAACAAAGCCUUCUGAAGGCAUCUCACAAACUGUAGACUAGGAAAUACAAGCCCCAAAUUCCAGGAAAUGGAUGUGACUGUAUCGUAUGUGUAACAAUGACAAAAUGCUCCCGCACUUACCUUCCGUGCCGGGUUUUCCCUUGCCUUACCGGGCUCAAGUGUUCUCUAGAAUCCAGCAGGUCACACUGAGGGGUUUCACUUGCAGGUUUAGCUGUGGCUCCCUCCUCCUCUCUUCCCCCUCCCCCACCCCCGCCCUUCCAGAAACAGGAAACCUACUUUUUUUAUGUGCUAUGCAAAAUAGACAUCUUUAACAGAGUCCUGUUACUAUGGUAACGCUUUGCUUUCUGAAUUGGGAGGAAAAAAAAAAAAAUGUAGCGACAGCAUUUGAAGGUUCUCAGACCUCCAGUGAGUACCUGCAAAAGUGAGUUGUCACAGAAACUUAUUCCCUACUUCCUGAACCUGAAAAUGGUGUUGGUCCAAAGUGCGUGUGUGUAUGUGUGAGUGGGUGUGUGGUAUACAUGUGUACAUAUAUGUAUAAUAUAUAUCUCCAAUAUAUAUUAUAUAUAUCUAUAUCAUAUUUCUGUGGAGGUUGCCAUGGUGACCGGCCACAGUACAUAUGUAAUUCUUUCCAUCACCCCAACCUCUCCUUUCUGUGCAUUCAUACAAGAUUCUCUUGUAAGCCAUCAAAAGUUACUUGUAGGAUGGGGGAGAGGGGCGAGGAGGGGAGAAAUGGGAAACAGUCCUGAUUUUAAUGAAAUCAAGUAUCUUCAGUUGGCUACAUUUUGGUUAUAUGCUAAACUGUGAAAAAUCAGAUGAGUUGAUGAAGAGUUACCUGCAACCAAUUGAAAAGUGUUUGGUGCGUCUGUUUUGUGUCUGGUGCAGAAAAUGACAAUCUACCAACUGUCCCCUUCUUUGGAGUUGGUUCAGCUUUGGAAAGUUACUGUAAAUGCCUUGCUGUAUUCUCAUCCCUAGUCGCCUGACUUCGGAACUUGCACCAUCAUGUUUAAGUGAAGAUGCUGUAAAUAGGUUCAGAUUUUACUGUCUAUGGAUUUGGGGUGUUACAGUAGCCUUAUUCACCUUUUUAAUAAAAAUACACAUGAAAACAAAACAGAAAUGGUUUUUCUUACCCAGAUUGUGUACAUAGAGCAAUGUUGGUUUUUUAUAAAGUCUAAGCAAGAUGUUUUGUAUAAAAUCUGAAUUUUGCAAUGUAUUUAGCUACAGCUUGUUUAAUGGCAGCGUCACUCCCCUUUGCACUGUAAUGAGGAAAAUGGUAUAAAAGGUUGCCAAAUUGCUGCAUAUUUGUGCCGUAAUUAUGUACCAUGAAUAUUUAUUUAAAAUUUUGUUGUCCAAUUUGUAAGUAACACAGUAUUAUGCUUGAGUUAUAAAUAUUUUUUUCUUCCUUUGUUUUAUUUUAAUAGCCUGUCAUAGGUUUUAAAUCUGCUUUAGUUCCACAUUACAGUUAGCCCCCAGAAAAUGAGAUCCAUGAAGAUACA